AACAUCCAGUUAUAUGCCUUGUAUUUAAAAUCUUUAAGUUUUUGGAACACUUGUUUUUUUAUUGGACUAAGAGGGCGCUAAGGAGGUGACGUGUUUUUAGCCGCGGAAGGGUGAAAAUGGCGAAAUCCAAAUUUGCAAAGUGCGGGAAGAUAUUGUACAGUUUCGACGUAAUAAUUGUCUAAUAGAAAAAAAGCAUUCUCCUCCGGCAAACUGUAUAUCAGAAAAAAGUAAUAUUGUAGUAAUAGUGAAUUUUGUCAUUCACCAUUUCACUUUGAAGUUUUAGUACUAAAUGACCUUUGGGUCUGUUUGUACACAGCGGUGCGUAGUGCACUGUGGGACAGCAAUGGUGGGCGCGUGAUUUUGAACAAAUUCGAGGUAUUAAGGGAACACCCAGGAAUAUAAUCAUGUCUGUAAAUAAAGGACAAAAUGCCAGAGCUUUGGUUGAGCCAUUAGCUCUUGAUUCACGUACAUUUGGUGAUAAUGAUUUGAGUGCAUUAAGUCUAUCACAUAAUAAUGAACAAUAUUCAUCCAAUGACUUUGAAGCAUUUGCAAAUAUUCAAGCUGAAUUGGAAUGUAUAAAUGCUGAAGAAGUUAUGUCAACAGAUGAGGAACAUAUAAUCAUUGGACGUAAUAUUGAGACUGAAACAAUUGUACCUGAUGUAGAAAUGACUGAAAUUUCUGAGCAAGUCGAAGAAGAGCAUAUUAUCUAUACAACAGCAAAUCAGAAUAAUCAAAAUAUUGUAUUUCAAACAAAGCCAACAUUGCAAAGGCUUCCUACAUCUACAGUGCAGGUAAAAUCAAAUGCUGGUCAAGUAACGCAAAGUCAGUCGAUUAUGAUAGUUUCUCCUGCUGGUGGUCAAGGUGCCAGUCAAAUUCUAAAAAUUUCACAUCCAUCAACAGCAUCAGCUGGUCAAUUACAGUCAUUAGCUCAAACCCUUAUAACAGCAAAAUCUGCAGAUGGUAACAUAGUUCAAUUGAGAUCAGCACAACCCAAUAAGCCUCUAAUGGCAACCAGUCACUCUGGAAGUAUUACGUUAGGGAAUGUGCAUAAUUCAAAAACAGCCCAGUCAGCUAUAAAACGAACUGCACAGAGCACUUCUCAAAAUCGAAAUGUAUAUACAAAAAUGAUAUUAGCUGGAAAUCAAGCACAAUCAGGACAAGUCCUUAUAACUAAUUCUCAAAAUGAAAAUCAACAAGCAAUAAAAUUUUUAAAUAACAAUACAUCAAGUCAAGAAGUUACAAAUCCGACUAAAACUAUAACAUUGGCACAAGCACAACAAAUGGGACUACUUUCUACUAGUAAAGUUCAACAUAUUUUACCUUCAACACCUCAAAAGCAAGGAAUAAUUGUAAAUAAAUUAGUGCAGUCAUCAAGUUCUCAGCCUUCUAAAAUGACUAUAGUUUCAAGUAAUACAAUCAAAUCGCCUACCAAGAUAUUACCAGCACCAGUUAUAAAUACACAAGUUAAAACUUCGUCAUUUUCGAAUCAGCAGUCAACAUUUUCAUGUAAUAAAUCAUCUGUGCAACAAAGUCCACAAAAAGUAAUUAUAAGACAGAGCUCUUUAAAACCUGGAACUGUUCUUGGAAGUGGGCAAGUUAUUAGAAUACCAGCUAGCCAGAACAUUGUUACUGGAUCUAAUCAAGUACAUCAAAUACAAAUGCCUGGAAGACAAGUGCAAUAUGUGAGAUUAGUUAGUACACCAUCAUCUGGAACUACAAAUGUUGUUACUGUGGGUAAAACAAAGUCGCAAACAACAUUGCAAACUGUUGGGGUUGGUCAGAAAAUAGGAGGACAACAGAUUGUCAAAGUAGUUCCAUUGAAUACUAGCAAUCAGUCAUUAAGAACUGUUGCACCUAAGGCUACAUUAUCAGGAAGUGGUCAAAGAUUAUUAAUUCCUGCAACUGCAACAGUAGGUAAUCAAUCGAAAAAUGCAGUUGCUAUUCCAGCAUCUGCUUUGAGUCAAUUAGCAUCUGGACAAGCUGUUAUUUCAACGAAUUCAAAUGUGGGAAAUAUUGUGGUUUUACCAGCUCAAUACAUCCAACAGUCCACAGAUGAGGUGAAAAUUAAACCCCAACCAAUUGCACCUAGUUUGUUGGGCACUUCGCAAAAUUUACAGAGUUCAGCAGGAAGUUUAUCUGUAGGAUCCAUUCUAGAAGGUAGAAGUUCUCAAAGAUCAUACACUAGUGUUGAACCAAAUGGUAUUAGGCCAAGAAAACCGUGUAACUGUACGAAAUCACAAUGUUUGAAAUUAUAUUGUGAUUGUUUUGCGAACGGAGAGUUUUGUCAUAUGUGUAAUUGUAAUAAUUGUUCUAAUAAUCUUGGAAAUGAAGAAGAGCGACAACGUGCUAUUAAGUCUUGUUUGGAACGUAAUCCAAAUGCUUUUCGUCCAAAAAUUGGUAAAGGUCGUGAAACUGGUGAUGAUAUACGUAGACAUAACAAAGGUUGCAAUUGUAAACGAAGUGGAUGUUUGAAGAAUUAUUGCGAGUGUUAUGAGGCUAAGAUUCCGUGCUCUGCUAAUUGUAAAUGUAUAGGAUGCCGUAAUGUAGAAGAACCAAAUUUAGAAAAGAAAUCUUUGAAAGAUCUAGCAGAAGCGGCUGAAGUAAGAACAGCGCAACUUACUCUAAAUAAAGCGAAACUGCAGAUAUCAGAAAUGGCUUUUAGGCCUCCAGCUACAUCAAAUACUGGUGCAAGACAACCAUUCAACUUUUUGACUGAUAAAGUUGUAGAAAUAACUUGUCAGUGUUUAAUGGCACAAGCUGAUGAAGCAGAACGUAACAUGUUCGAUGACGAAACAUCACAAAGACUUAUAAUAGAAGAAUUUGGUCGUUGUCUUAAAGAAAUUAUAGAAUCAGCGCAUAAAGCUGAAGCUACCUAGCAGGUACAUUUUAAGAAAAAGAUUAAUGUCGAAAACUUUCGAUUUUCGCGGACCUAUAACGAAUUUGUAAAAUUGGCAACUUGAAUUAUUAGUAUCUUUAAUCUAAAUUUGUCUUAAUUACAAGAUAAAGUGUUACAUGCCAAAGAUAACAGAAUAUAUUAGAACAUAAUAUAUUCAACCGAUUUCUUAAUUUUUUUUAUUGAUAAAUGAAUAUAAAAAUAACUAUACAUACGUACUCUUCAUGAAAAUUUAAUUUUUUAAACAUUACAUAUGAUUAAAUAUAGUUUAUAGUUACUCAUUUGUUUCUAUUUUAGAAAAAGUUUGAAUUUUUUAAAAAAUAAGUUUAAAAAUAAUACGGUUGAAUAUAUUAUGAUAUUAAGAUUUGUAACACGAAUAUCUAACUACAGAUAUAAAACGUAUUUAUGUUUCUAAAUCUUUCAGUUGUAAUUCAAAAAUAUUGAGAUUUCUUUUCAGAUUACAAAAUCGAGGUAAGAAGAACAUAACUUGAUCUAUUUAUUCAAUGAUAUUGCAUAUAAUCUUGUUCUACGUCUUGUAUCUAAAUUUAAUUUUCUAAGUUAUUUAUACUUUCUUUAUUCAACUGAAUAUCUGUGUCCAAUUAUCCAUGCAACCAAUCAUGAGGAAGUUUCAUAAAAUACCAAGAAUAUUGUUUUUUUUCUAGUAGGCAAUGGAUAGUGAACAUAAAAUUGGAUUUAAUAACUUCGUGAACAAAAUGAUCAAGUUACUUUAGAUCAUUUUUUUUAUAUUGCAUGCGUUUAAUAUCGUAAUACUAAGCUUUAUGAAUAAGAUUUUCAACGGUAGGCAAAUAUUUCAUUGUUAAUUUUAUAAGUACUAAAAGUGUAAGAAGGAAACCUUAAAAUAUUUGGAUUAGAAAUAUCCACUAUUACUACUAAUAAAACGAUGUGAAAAAUAUAUAUUAUUCUUAAAAACAAGUUACUUAAAUCGUUUGUAAAAUUCAAUUUUUCUUCGGUCGUUAAUAUUGAUAGGGCUCUUUUUUUUUUUUAAGAAGUUGGGAAAUGGUUUUCUUUUAUUGUGUUAUAUACGUUUCAACGAUCUUUCUAAAGAAAAAAAAAAGAAAAAAAAAUUUCAUUAGAAUUUUCACGUAAACACAUUUCAUAUACUUUUUUUACAAGUCUAUAAUAUGAUAUAUAAUAUCACAAAAUUACUAUAAUAUUAAAGUUUUUUUGCUACAUGUUGCAAUAAAUUACAUUUAUUCUUUUAAUUUAAUUACGAUUAUGUACUUUUAAUGUUACACAUUCAAUUCUCAAUACCAAGCAUUGUUUAAACAACUAGUGGUAUGGCAAAUGGGAUUGAGGUGAAUGAAGUAUCAAUAAUAUAGUUGUAUAAUGUAAUAGUUUAAGAUUUAAACAGCACAGAUGCAUACCUUUCAUUAUGCACGGAAUUAAUCAUCACUGCAGUAGUAAGAUUAUCUGUCUGCCAUUAGGAGUGAUAAAAACAUAAGUUUUAUGUAGGACAUUAACAUAAAAUAUAGUGAAUUGAUAUAUUAUACAUAGUACAGUAUAAGGACAAAUGUAAUAUAGAUACAAAUAUAAAUAUAUAUAUUAUAUAUUCGUAAAAUUCGUACUUCAAAUUGUACAGAUUAUUGACACAUAUUGUAAUAAUGAGAAAAAAAUUAUGCGAAUAGAACAUAUAAUUUUAUGGUAUUAUAACAACUUUAAAUAUUUAAACAAAAUUAUGAUACUAACAAAAAAUAAUUGUAUGUUUCUACUUGUUACAUGUCAUUUGUAUAACAAGUCAGAUAUAAAAAAUAUGAAAUUAAUAAUAUUAAAAGGUUUGUAAGCUAUAUCUAUGUAGAUGUAUAAGAAUCGACUAUGUACAGAUAAUAUUCAUAUAUCUAAACAUAUUUUCAUGAUUUGUGCUCUGUACAUAGAAAAAAUCUGAUAUCAUAAAACUUUAACAAAUAAUUUAUUUUUUUAAUUUAGAAAAAUUUAUUUAAAUGAGUACAUAAUUUUACAAUUUCAUUGUACAACUAAUAUAUAAAAAGUACUGAUUUAUAAAUCUAAUAAUGGUGUAAAUAGGGAAUAUAUCAAUUGUAAUAAAAUUCAUUAUGUUUUGGUUGAUAUCAGAUUUUUCAGCGUAGUAGUUUAGAUAACAUUAAAAUAUAUGUACGGAAAAUAUGUAUAUGUAUAUACAUGUCAAAUACAUGUAUCUUUCAAUAAA